CAUAGCUAAAAAUCUAUGCUAUAAGUUAAACUCGAGCAUUACCCAAUACGUCUGAACUAAACAUAUUCCCAGGCUCACGAUUGAUGAUGAUAUCAUCCCGAUAAGGGCUUAGUACCGGUACCUAUAGCUUCACCGUCGAAUAUAUUUCAGUUGCGAAAUUGUUAUCUCGGAUAACUUAUCUGAGACUCUUGGACUCUCAUCGGGCAAUAAUUUACUGACAGAGCAGCAAAAUAUUGAUUCAAACAUGGUGUUGUGACAAAGUGAAAAUGGUUAAAUAUUUUAGGAAGAAUAUAUGCCUGUCGGACUUCUGGUUGUCGUCUCACGAGCGCCUGAGUGAUUUCUACGCAUCGUCAUGGCAACGCGGAGAUUCACCGGUGCCGCUGUUGGUGAUACGGAUGCUUGUGGCGAUUGUGGCGCUGGCGAUCCUCGCUUGGUCGGUGUACGAAGCCCCGGUGCCGCACUGGGUGAUCUACCUGACCAAUUGGGGUUUAGUGCUGGUUUCCGCGAUGGCUGUCAGUGGCCUACUUGUGUCUUUGAGUGCCGCGAAGAAGGCGCUACCAGAUGAAGGCGUACCACCGUGGUAUGUGUCUAUGUACUGGUUGUUUUACAACAUAUCUGGCACUAUAGCUAUAGUGAUCACUCUGCUGUAUUGGAUACUUCUGUUUGAUUCAAGCUCCGCUGUGGUUAAAGACCGCAUGUUCUGGUUGGAAACGGUAACGCAUGGGUUCAACACGAUCCUGGUUCUGGUAGAGUUAUUUGCCUCUCGCACGCCGCUUCGCUUCGCCCACAUCUACCAGCCCCUCGGCGUGGGCGUGUGGUACGCCGUGUUUUCUGUGAUAUACUAUGUCGCCGGGGGCACUGAUGGGCUAGGAAACCCGUUUAUUUACGAGAUUCUGGACUGGAGCCGACCAGGCCCCACAACUGUGCUGGUAGUGGCUGCUACACUAGGCCUGAUCAUCGUGUACUCAGCGCUGUGGGGCGUCACCAUAGCUCGAGACAAGCUAACUGGAGUGCUCAUCCGGACUACCAGCCAUAACCUUCCAUUUACACCACCCGACUUCAGCGUAUCUGGAUAUGCCUAAACUUUUAAUCCAAAAUGUUUGUCAUCGGACAGACUAAUGCCUCAUUUAAACCAAAUAGCUUCUCUACUGCUCGCGUUGAUAGACAGUGGAAAAGCAGCAUAUAUUUUUUAUACCAUUUUAUCACCUUGCCUUUUGCGUGCCAUGUGAGCUUACAGAUACAAUGGAUAUGUUGUAUCCAUAUUUAUGUCGCAAUAUGUAAGGACAAAAUGAGUAGAUGAUAUUACCGGUGUUUCACGUCAGCACGGCGGUGGUGAAACCUGAGGAUGGUCAUGUGUAACAUUUUCCUAAGUCUACAUAACAUAAAAUAUUAUUAUUUGUAUUAUGGGUAAUGAUAUUACCGAACAAGGUACGUUCUACUGACUACUAUUUUAGCAGGGUGUUAAGAUCAGGUUUGCCUUGCAGGUAUCUAAUUGUAUAUUCUAUCUCAUGUUGGGUUCUGCGAAAUAUUGGGAACCUGCAAAGAGAUUCUUAAAACUAAUCCCAAGCGAAAAAAGCUUUAAAAUUGCCUUCUUAAGUCCUUUUCGCGACGUUGGUAGUAUGAUCUGUAUUAUUGUUUCAUUGUUAGAUAGUCAUCAUCAUCAGUUAUAUCCUUUAAUUGCUUAAAACUGGUGAAUUCCAGAUAAUGUAAGUUACGAGGAGCAUUUUUAAAGCUUUUUUCUUCUAUACCGCAUAGUUGCAAAUAUUUAAAACAACUUUAUCGCAGCUUGUUGCGUUUGGAUUAGAUUAACUUUACAAAUAAAUAAGCAUUCCGUAUAUUUAAAUUAUACUGUAAUGUUUAUAAAUUGUACUUAAUAUAUUUUUUUGUAAAUAUUUUAUUUAAGUUUAUUACUAGGUUACUGUAAAUAUACUAAUAGUAAAUGUAUUUUUAAUAUAUUAUGU